CUCCCGUUACUCGGUUACCAGAUUCCAAAAAUUACCAUAGCAAAUAAAUUGUGGUUAUCGUUGGGGACUGUUCCAUUUGCAAGAUUCGCUUACAAAAUUUACAAUUAAUGAAGUCCUUACUCUUACUGACAUUUCUUUAUUGCCUUCUGUUCUCACAUUAGCCAGCAAAAUUGAGGAGCACCUUGCAGUGCAUCAUGCCUAAUGUAGCACUGAGAGUAAAGCGACCCUCUGCUCGCAAAGCAGUGUCGUCUCCAGCAAAGUCUGGCACCUCGUCGUCACCCGUGAAAGUGUCGCCAGUGAAAUCCCCAGCGUGGCCCGUAAAACCAUCAGCAUCUCCCGUAAAAGCUGGACCGAGCUCGUCGCACAGUCCCGCGCGAGCUAGCACGUCACGAAACAGCGUGUCUGGAACUCCAAAAUCCAGCUCGCGGCACACGCCGAACGUUCCGCAGAAUACACCAACAGUGGUGUUGCGAAAUACUCCCACGAUCUCGACUCCAAAAUCCAUUCUGAAGCGUUCGCCCAAAAAAGACCUGAAACGCCUGAAUCCCGAUGGUUCAGCAGUGAAGCCAAAGAAAGUUGUUUUGAUCGAACCGGAAAAGAAGAGCAAGCCUAAGGCGAAACCGAAGAAGCCUGCACAGGAGGAGACGUCAUACGUUGUGGAAGCGGUUGUUAGUAAGAAGAAGGAAAAUGGGGAGACAUUCUACAAAAUUCGCUGGGCUGGGUAUGGAUCGAAGGAUGACAGCUGGGUGAGCGAGAAAAACUGCUCCUGCCACUGGGCAAUCAAAAAAUUCGAAGAGGAGAAAAAGAAAGGCAAAGACUCCAAAGAGAGCAAGAAACCUGCAGCAAACCAGGAGCCGGAGAAAGCCAAGAAGCGCACGCAGUCGAAGGGGAACACGUUUCCGAACAAGCGGAGCAAGAAAGAAGACAGCACCGUUACAAAAUCUGUGGAUACCGCUCCGGAAGAAGAAGAAUGGGAAGACAUUGCCACCGCUAUACCGCCUCCUCUGCGUGUUAGUCCGAAGAAAUCGCCUCCUAAGAAACAAAAACCGACCGCUGUAAGGAAGGCGCCAGUCAUAGUUAAGGUGGCGAAGAGAAAGUCUGUUCCGGCCAACAACAGAGCUGUGGACAAUAAUGAUACACAAGCGAAACCCGCCCCUAUUCAGUGGAAUAUCUUGUCGGAAAAAUUGUUACGAACCAUUCCACAGCUGGUCCGGGAUCGCCUUGAUAAGCACCACCUGCCGGUUCGCAUAACCGAUGCCCGAAAUCCACCACCAGCGAGUGAUGAUGAGGGAUUCCAGCGGUACCAUUGUGAAUGGGAUGACGGACUUCUGUAUUGGCUGCCUGGAAAAUUAUGCUGCAAGGUUUUUCCCAAUAUGGUCUGUGAUUUCGGGGCCAGAUUGUUGGCUUUGCGGGAUGAUUUCAUCCGCUCGUUGACGGAUCAACAGCAGGCGAUGUGAUCUAGUAUUAUGUGCAGCAAGGUUUAUCAUAGCUUAUACCUCGAAUUAUAUCCGACGAUCUGUUGGCGGUAUUGGUAGGAAGCAUUUAUUAUCCUUUGCCAUUUUCUGAAAUUGCCUUGCUGUGUUUGCUUUUGGCCCUGUGAUUUUUUCACUUCGGCUACGCACACUCAACUUUUUGUUGUAUUUCUGUUUCGAUUCAUAACACUAGCUCAGUACCUUUUGAUCUUCUUUUGUUGUUAUAUCUCAGAAUCCAAUUGGAAUGCGAGAUCAGAGACACUGUACGUAUACUUCCACAAAUAAAUUUUGUAAAUAUCAAGUAAAAGGUCACUGAAAGUACGCUGGCAUUCCAAUUUUGAAUCUACGAGUAAAUCAAAGAAAAAAACCAAUAUU